UAGCUGCUGCUGCUCUUCUCAUGGCAAAUCCCCAGCUACUGAUCUUAACCGCAUGACCAGCUCAAACGUUUCAGCCAUUGUCUAUUUGUAGCUAACAGGCAGUUUGCACGAGCCCAGCGUGCGGUCCAGGACGAUCAGCUCUCACAGACCUCAGUUUUGACAGUGGCUCACUGGCCAGCCCUCCUUGUAAGGACCGUGGACGCUGCAGAAUUUGGACCAAGAAAAGCUAAGUCUCAUCGGCACCCAGCGCAGUGAUCUACGAGGAAGAACCAGAGGCCAGAGGCAUCCGGCAAUGGCGACGAGGAGCACGGUGGCAAGGGCUGUCCCGCUGUGCCUGUGGCUCGCGCUCGGCGUGGCCACCCUGACGCUGCCCCAGGCACAUGCAGCAGAGGCAGACGCGGACCUCACCAAGAUCACGAGCAAGGUCUUCUUCGACAUCCAGAUCGACGGCAAGCCUGAAGGCCGGAUUGUCAUUGGACUUUUUGGGAAGACUGUUCCCAAGACAGCAGAGAACUUCAGAGCACUUAGCACAGGGGAGAAAGGAAUGGGUGCGUAUGGCGAACCUCUGUGGUACAAGGGAUCCACAUUCCACAGGAUCAUCCCAGGCUUCAUGAUUCAAGGAGGUGAUUUCGUAAACCACAACGGAACAGGCUGCGAUACCAUUUAUGGCAAAGACGUCUUCCCUGACGAGAACUUCAAGCUCAACCACGCCGAACCUGGUACCAUAUCCAUGGCCAAUUAUGGGAAAGACACAAACGGAUGCCAGUUUGCCAUCACCACCGUAGAAGGAAGCAAAUUACCGAAGAAAUUGGAUGGGGUACAUGUUGUGUUCGGCAAGGUGGUGAGUGGAAUGGACGUGGUCCACAAGAUUGAAGCUCAAGGCCAGCCGAGUGGUGUUCCCAAGGCCAAAGUCCUCAUAGCUGACAGCGGAGAGCUGCCCGGAUCUGAUGAGCUGUGACCAUCCAUUUUGAUGGAAACUAACAUCUGUUAGCAAAGCAAGUGCGGUUGUUUUUCAGCGUGGAAUUGUGACCACCGUAGUCUUGUUUGAUUUGGUUGGGGGCAGUUUAUGUUGACUACAAUGUCUAGUUCAUAUAUGUACUUAUUAUUGGGGAAUUAUUAGAUGAACAAACAAAAUCGUAGUGAUCUCUUCUUUAAUUUAUAUAUUAAGAACUCCCUUGUUUAAGAGAAGAUGCAGGUUAAACUGCUGGUUUAUAUGUUUUAAGUUUUAACAGUGAA